AAUUUCCUUGCUGGUUUAACAUCCACUCUCCGGCUCAGCGCACCCGUUCAUGCACUGACAGGGCUGCAUACACUUUUAUCUGUCAGGGCGAAAAAAUGGAAUUCGAUUGAUUGCAAAACAGAAGUGUCUAGUCUGGUAGGCAGGCGAGUUAGUUCUUUGGCGCAUAUUUUAUCACAAUACCGACAGCUCAUUUCAGCAAUGCCACUCGUUCGUCGUUACAACUACUCGAGUGACGUGUUCAGAUCCUAAUUAAGAGAUGUAAAAGGACUAAUUAUUUCUUAGCGAUUGACAAUUGGAUGAGAUCGGAUCCGCUUGUCAAUUCUGUGAACGUUUUGUAACAUAUUGCAUGUGAACUUGCCGUUUACCACACGACAAGAUACGAUCUGCUAAGCUUCAAGUGUAUAACCUGAUAGCAAAAUUUGUUUUUCGUUCACUUUCUUUUGUAAGCAAUGCAGAACUACUCAGUUGGAAAUAUAGGUAAAAGAGCUGAGAUGAUGCAUCGCGCCAUGAACGCAGUUACACAGUCUUGCCAAAUGGGAAACGUUCCAUUGAGUCAUCCACAAAUUCAAAAUAGAAGUUCCAGUAGCCGUUCACCACCAUUAUUGUCGGGAGACUCGGCUAUGGAGCUUCCGCAGCAAGUGGAAACAGGGAAGGAGAAAUUAACGGUGAAACGAGAACAGGCGCGAACACCAUCAAUGGUUCAAGUACACGGCGAAAACCCAAACAAUCCAGCUUCUCAUUCACCGAUCAUGGACACGACAGCAGCGCACGAAAACUCACCAAAGCGUAAAAAGAGACGGAAUCGAACAACAUUUACAUCAUAUCAACUCGAGGAAAUGGAAGGUGUAUUUCAAAAGACCCAUUAUCCCGAUGUUUAUACUAGGGAACAAUUGGCACUGAGGACAGAUUUAACAGAAGCUCGCGUACAAGUUUGGUUUCAAAAUAGACGAGCGAAAUGGCGAAAACGGGAAAGAUUUCCUCAGAUUCCUGUUCGGCCACCAUGUCUUCCAAACUCACCCCAUUUGUACCGCGAAUCCCCUUCCUACACAAAUUCUGCUCCACCACAUUGGUCUUCCACUGCAGCAAUGGCAAGACCUCCACCAAAGUCACCAAUAUCUCCUUACAGUCCCCAAAUGUCCUCAGGUCUAAUAGCAAACCGAGGAGUGAUAAGAUCGCCGACGUCAAAUUCGCCCCAAAGUUACACGGGAGCAAACAUGCACGGUAAUCCUGUUGCGCAUGUCAUUACAAUGUCCUCCCAAAUGCCACAAUAUCUCCCGUCAAAUCGCGGUGUAAUAUCGAGCCAAACAGGUCACCAUCCAGGUAUGGUUCACAACAAUAUUGCGGCCUCCAUGUUGCCUCACGAAAUGGCGGCAAACAAGAAUAUGCAUUCACAACCUAUAAACACAUCUCAGCCUCUUUCUCACGGACCUGGUGGAACUAUACUGAACGGAGGACAUGCCGCAAUGAUGUCUGGCUCAAUACACAAUCAUCCAUUAGAAGGAAACUCUGAAAUGGACAGAAAGAGUCCCGGAUCAAAAGCACUACGCCUUAAAGCAAAAGAGCAUUCGCUUCCUAUGGGAAUGGUUAGAAACUUUCGUUGCUAAUUAUGUAAAUGUAUUUGCUAUAAUUGUGUAAAUUGAUUAUAAUUAUAAUAAAAUUUAACGGAAUUGAUC